UGACUUAUCGAUAAUAAGCAGCACAUAUUUCGAAAUAUAAAAUUUGUAUAAUGCAGAAUGUUGUAGCAAGCAGUAAAAUAACAGCUUAAAUGUAUCGAUAAAAAAAAAGUGGAUAGCACCUAUCGACAAUCAGCUGUAGUGUUGCUACAAACAACAAGACAUAAACAAAAGAACUGCCAACCAAAUCAGGACAAAAUGCAAGGCAAGGACGAUCGAUCCAAGGAUAAUCGCCGCAACAUGAAGCAGCAUAAAUAUUACAAUAAACAACAACGCGGAGGUGGUAACACCUCGUCCAGCUCGCCGCAAGCAACCGGAGUCCGCAGCAUUGUGGAUGUGGCAGAUUCCAGCGAUGAACCUAGAUUUGCACGCAAGGCUUGGACAAGCGGCACACGCUCGCUAGCGCCCCAAAAAAAUCGCGAUAUAUUGGAAACGUUGCCACCUACGGACACUGACGAUAUGGAGCAGCUAGGCAUGGAUGGCGUGCCCAUGGAUGAGAAUGCCCGAGCUCAGCUGCGUGCGGGCGAUUACAAACAAAUGUCGCAGUUCCCUAGUUUAGGUGGCGGCCACUUCACCUUUGGCGCCGAAAAAGAAUGGAACAGCAUAGCCGAAGGACAGACACAAUUACAUACCAAGGCAGCCAACAGUUACUUUACACUCAACUUGAGUCUGCUCAACAGCGGCCUGCAGACUAUACCCUUCUAUAAGCGCAUGGAUUAUCCCACUUGCAUGUUCACACGUCAGCAGCUUACGGCACAAAACGAGGCAGCGGAACGUGCUGAGCGAAUAUACCAGGAGCGAAUAUUACGGGAACUACAUGGCAAUGAGCCACAAUCACGCUCAGCUACAGCCAAGUCUAGCAAAGCAGCACAGCCUGCUGCAGCAGAAGCUGUCGAGGCUCCCGAUGAGCUUGACGAAUUGCUGGCAUUGACCAAUACGCAUCUGGAGCAGACCUCACUUAGCCCAGCACCAGCGCAACCAGUUGCAGCAGCAGCAACUGCGCCUAAAAAUGAUGUGGAGCAAUGGCUCGAUAGUGUUCUGGAUGAAUAAGCUAAUUUCUGAGCUUCUACAUUAACUAUUUGGCUUCAUAUAUAGUAUAAAAAUCGCUCGAAGCUUCCGUAGAAAUAGUCCUUAACAGAUAAAGACAUUUUGCAUAGAUACAUUUCAAUAACAAAUUAUAAAAAUGCACUGUAGUAAAAUGUUAGCUUUCAAGCUAACAUUCGAAGCUGUUACCGAUGUGCCUGUAUACAUAUCAGGAAUACCUCUUUAAUAUAAAUAGAUGUAGUUUUUAAAAAUUUAGCUUUAUACGCUUUUAAGUUUAUAAAAACUGUGUUUUGU